CUAUCUACUAUUUCUAUCGUGCUGUUUUAGAUUUUAUAGGAAAAAAUUAAAACCAGAUCCAUUUCGAAAAUCAAAACAUUGAGGCCCCUUCGAACCAAACCAAAUUCAGUGUUAACAAACGCGAAAUGGCUCAUUCGAGAUCGUUGAAAGGAAGUCACUGGCCCGGCAUCCUGGACUCCAGCCACGCUCUGAGGAAGUACUUCGGUCACCAGUCCGCCAAGUCCUCGCCGAGGGCCGAGAUCCAGGCCAGACUGCCGACCUUUGCCCCUCCGAACUUCGUGGGAGCCGAGCCCAGGCUUCGACCCCAGGUGAACGCCGCCUGGCAGCUGGCCAGCGAUCCCUCCGAUCUCUCGGAUGUCCGUGGCCCCAAGCGGGUGAAGGGGCUGAGGGAUCGGGAGCGGAAGAAGCUGGAACGCAAGAUUUGGGCCAGGCCGGCGAAAGUCGAUGCAACACAGAAAGUCGCAGGACCAGCAAAACCGGAGAAGCCUGAAAGGCUGGAGCAGGCCGCACUGCCGCCGAAGUCCGUGAUCCGAAGGAAGGUGAAGGCGCCGACUUCGCUCCGCCGGAAACGGCCUGCCCAAUCGCUCCCCCACUUUCGCUCGCCGUUGCGGAAGAACAUCCUGGUCGUGGACGCCAAGAGGACGCCUGGGAUGGACCGGCAGGGCCACCUGGCUGGCGGAGCCGAUCAGCCUCCGACGGGCUCUGCAUCUGGACGGAAGAGGGAGGGACAGCAUCCGAAGCUCAAGAUGAGCGGCCGCUCGAAGAAGACGUACGGAGUGCCCCUGUGCAGUCGGCCCACCGAGAUCAUGGGCAUGGGCCUUCCCUACUCCCGCCAGAUGCAGAUGCGCCAGGAGAAGCUCUACCAGCAGCCGGAGUACCACGACCAGUACAUGAGGAUGCUCCACCAGCAGCAGCGCCAAGCGGAGCUGAGCCAUCAGCAGCAGCAUCAGGAGCAGCAGCAGCACAGCGCCAAGAUGGCCCAGCAUCCCUACUCCAUCCUGCCGGGCGUCCUGUCCGAGGAGCAGCAACAGUCCUACGUGUACUCCGUGCCGUCCAAGUCGCCCCUCAAGCAGCUGAGGGACGGGAAGCGCAUGUGCGGCAACUUUUACUAUGACUAGAACGGUGGCAUGAUCAAUAAAAGGGUGCCAGAGGCCAAACUGCA